UCUUGUGUUUGAACUUCGCCCUCAAAAAAGCCAUUUCUCAUCAUGCCAAACCAACAGAAGAAAAUCAUUUUUUGCACGGCUGGGGUGUUAAGCUUUGCGUGUGCCCUGGGAGUUGUGACAGCACUGGGGACCCCCUUAUGGAUCAAAGCCACCAUCCUCUGCAAAACUGGGGCUCUGCUCGUCAAUGCCUCUGGGCAGGAGCUGGACAAGUUCACGGGAGAGAUGCAGUACGGGCUUUUCCACGGAGAGGGUGUGAGGCAGUGCGGGUUGGGAGCGAGGCCCUUUCGGUUCUCAUUUUUCCCAGAUUUGCUCAAAGCAAUCCCAGUGAGCAUCCACGUCAAUGUCAUCCUCUUCUCCACGAUCCUUAUUGUUUUAACCAUGGUGGGGACAGCCUUCUUCAUGUACAAUGCUUUCGGCAAACCCUUUGAGACUCUGCAUGGUCCACUAGGGUUGUAUCUUUUGAGCUUCAUUUCAGGCUCUUGUGGCUGUCUUGUCAUGAUAUUGUUUGCUUCUGAAGCGAAGAUCCACCACCUUUCAGAAAAAAUUGCAAAUUAUAAAGAAGGGACUUAUGCCUACAAAACGCAAAGUGAAAAAUACACCACCUCAUUCUGGGUCAUUUUCAUUUGCUUUUUUGUUCAUUUUCUGAAUGGGCUCCUAAUACGACUUGCUGGAUUUCAGUUUCCAUUUGCAAAGUCUAAAGAAACAGAGACAACAAACGUAGCUGCAGAUCUAAUGUACUGAAAGGCAAACGUUUCAAUAAUUUUCCAAGUAAAGGAGUAGACUUGCUUUGGUCA